UUUGCUCAGUUUGCUUCUGCACGCCAUUUUGUAAUUUUGAGCAUGUUGACUUGGUCACGAAAAUGAUUAUCCUAACGCUAGUUUUUAACUGUAGGAGUAUAAUUGAUUAAGUAUAGUUUAAUUAGACAAAAGAAGCAAUACAGCAAAAUGGAUAUGCCAGAAGUGAAGGCGUUCAACGCGGAGUUAUCCGGGUUGUACGACAACAAGCCUCCGAUCUCGAAGGCAAAGAUGAGUGCUAUCACACGGGGUGCUAUUAAGGCUAUAAAGUUCUACAAGCACGUCGUACAUAGUGUUGAAAAGUUCAUUCAAAAGUGCAAGCCAGAAUAUAAAGUGCCUGGUUUAUACGUGAUAGAUUCGAUAGUACGGCAGUCGCGACACCAAUUCGGGCAGGAUAAGGAUGUGUUCGCGCCGCGGUUCGCCAAGAACAUGCAGCAGACCUUCGCGAACCUGUUCAGAUGCCCUCCUGAAAAUAAGGGUAACAUCAUCAGAGUGCUAAACCUGUGGCAGAAGAACAAUGUGUUUGGCCCGGAGGUGAUCCAGCCGCUGAUGGAUAUGGCGGACCCUAACCACCCGCUGCACCAGGAGAUCCAGCAGCAACAGAACAACACUGCUAAUGGGAGUAGUCUAACCCUGAAUACCAGCCACAACUCUGACAAGAAGAUAUCCCCAGUGCCGGCUCCGCUACACACUCCUCCGGACAACUCUCCUAUGGGUGAUUCAUUCCAGGACCAACCGUCAGGCAACCAAGGCGUCAAGUUCAAUCGCAAGCUCCUCUCCAACGACUUUGAGUACGAGAGCGAUGACGACGGCGGGCACGACACGCACGCCUCGCACGCCACGCACGGCUCGCACACCACGCACGCCUCGCACGCGACACACGCCCAGCCGCAGCAGACCGCUGAGACGUUGCCGUUGGGGAGCAUACUGACUAAUCCUGAGAUAAUGCGGCAGCUGCAGAGCCUUCAGGCGCAAAUGCAACUCAUGACUGGAAUGUCUGGAAUGCAAAUACCUAAUUUAAUGCCAAUGAUGACAGAGCUACAGCAGAAUCAAAACCAACCAUUUUUGAACAAAGAACAGCAGAAACAGAACGAGUCCAAGGAUGACAUGGUGGAAUCUGACAUUGAGUUUGUAGAGACUGGGCCGCAGGUUAUAGAAAUACCAGACGCUAAUGACUCCAGGAGUCCGUCCCCGCGGCGGAGACACCGCUCGCGCUCUCGCUCCCGCGGGCGGCGCCGCCGCAGUCGGUCUCGCUCGCGCUCGAGUCGCUCGCCGCGGCGGCGGCGGGACAAGGACCGCGACCGGGAACGGGACAGAGAUCGGGAUCGUGACAGAGAUAGAAAUAAGGAUAAUAAGAGUCACAAAGAAAGGGAAGCUGACAAGGAGAAACAGAGGGAACGAGAGAAGAAAGGGUUACCACCGAUUAAGAAGGAGAACCUAAGUGUAUGCAGCACAACACUAUGGGUGGGCCACUUAUCAAAACUCGCAACGCAAGAAGAACUGUCAGACCUAUUCGGCGCCAUUGGUGGUGUAGUCUCCAUAGAUGUGGUCGGGCCGCGCGGCUGCGCCUUCGUAGUCAUGGAGCGGCGCCGCGACGCGCACAAGGCGUUAACUACCCUUAACAAACAUAAGCUGCACUCUAAAGAAAUUGCUGUGGCUUGGGCUCCAGGCAAGGGCGUGAAGGGCCGGGAGUGGAAGGACUACUGGGAGGCCGAGCUCGGCGUGUCCUACCUGCCGUGGGCCGCGCUGCACCAGCGCUGGGUGCUCGGCGCGCUGUCGCUCGACGCGCUGGAGGACGGCGGCGCUGUUGAUGAAGAGACGCUGCCGCCGUGGCUGCCGCCCAGGAUUCUACCCAAGACCCUAAUGGACGGCAUGGUCGGCAUGAUGCCCAUGGGCAUCCCCGGCGCGGCCGGCAUGCCCCCCAUGCCCAAUGCCAUGCCCAACGCGAUGCCCAAUCCUUUGCAAAAUGCCAUGCCUAACGCGAUGCAGAAUGCCAUGCCCAAUGCGAUGCAGAAUGCCAUGCCCAAUGCGAUGCAAAAUGCCAUGCCCAAUGCGAUGCAGAAUGCCAUGCCCAAUGCAAUGCCUGGCGCAAUGCCAGGCAUGUCGGCGUUGCAGUUACCACCACCUGGCAUGGGUCCGGGCCUGCCGCCCGGCAUGCCGCCGGGCAUGCCCCCCGGCCUGCGGCCGCCGAACAUGCCACAGCAAGUGCCCGGUAUGCAGCCUGAGGCGGGUAUGCCGCCGACCAGCGCACUCUUGAGGUUCCCUGGAAUGCCGCCGCAGCCCAUACAAUCCAUGCCAUCUAUGCCACAACCGGGCAUGGCGGCGCUGCCGGGCUUCCUGGGCGGGCUGCUGGCCGUGGGCGGGCUGGUGGGCGGCGUGCCGCUGCACCACGCGCCGCCGCAGCACCAGCAGAUGCAGCAAAGGGUGUCGGAGGUGACGAGAACUGACGACGCGAUGGACCUGGACACGGAGGAGCAUAACGAGGACGUGCCCAGCGAACAACCCCAGCCACUGUCAGACCAGCUUCAAGCUCUACUUUCAAAACCACCGCCCGGUUUCAACUCCUCCGAACCUCCCCCCACAUUCAACCUCUCCGAGCCUCCCCCCACAGCGGCCAACACGGAAGACAAACAGGACGACAAGCGGGACCGGGACCGCCGGGAUCGCGACCGGGAUCGCCGGGACCGAGGGGACCGGGACCGGAGGGACCGGGAUCGGGGCAAUAGGGACAGGGAAAGAGGCGGACGAGAUCGUGAUAGGGACCGAGGCGAUCGUGACCGCGACCGUGACCGUGAGCGCGGCGGGCGGGACCGGCGCGACCGCGACCGGGACCGGGACCGCGAGAACCGGGACCGGUUUAACGCGCCGAGGGAUAAUAAUAAUAGAGAACGAAGCCGCUCGAAGUCCCCGCGCGAGGCAGGGGCGGGAGGGGAAAAGUCGCUGCAAGAACGGUUGUGGGAGAUGGCCAACGGCAAACGCGACGAAUUCCCACAGCCUCAACAACAGGAUAACAUGGGUCUAGAAGAAAACAGGGUUGAACGGCCGCCACUGGAUCGAAUGCCACGGCCAGUAAUGGAUGGUGAGGGCGACGCGGCCGACGACUGGCGCCACCCCGCGGGACCGCACGCGCCGCCCUUCAGGCCCGAUCCGAGAAUGCGAGGGCCCCGACAGUCUGUAAGAGGUCCAUGGAUGGAGGGCGGUCCGGGCGGAGCUGGCGGCCCCCCGGGCCAGGGCCCGCCGUUCGGGGCGCGGUACAACGGCCUGGGCCCCCCGCCCCCGCCCCCGCCCGGCUUCCCCGGCCCCGGCCCCGGCCCCGGCCCGCGCUUCGAGCGCCCGCCCUUCAACCGCAUGCCCUUCGACGGCCCCGCCCGGCCCCCGUUCGACGGCGGCCGGCCUCCGUUCGACGGCCCGCGCCCGCCGUUUGACGGCCCGAGGUUCGACGGCCCCCGGCCGCCAUUUGACGGCCCGCGCCCGCCCUUCGACGGUAACAGGCCUCCUUUCGACGGCCCGAGGCCGCCUUUCGACGGUCCGCGCCCGUUCGACGGCCCGCGUCCAUUCGACGGCCCGUUCGACGGCGAACCUCCGUUUGACGGUCCGCCGGAAUUCUUCAACAACAGACGCUUCGAGGACCGAGAGUUCAACGACCGGGGCUGGAACGGGGACCGCGAGCGCGGCGAUCGCGACUGGAACGAUCGCAGAAACGACUGGGACGACCGCCGGCGGGAUCGCUUCCGGGACAAGGACCACGAGGACAGGUUCGACAGGAACAGGAACGACAGGAGGAGGAACUUUGACGACAGGAACGAUCGCGACCGGGACCGUAGUGACCGUGACCGCAGUGACCGUGACAAGAGUGACCGCGACCGGCCUAAGAGGGAGGAGCGCUCGCGUGCCGAUCGGCAGAAAGACAGGAAAUCUAGAUGGGGCGCCGCGGAAGAAUCGAAGGACGGUGAGACUUCUUCGGAGGCCGCGGAGGCUCCUAAAGAUACAGAAGCCCCUAAAGAUGUUAGCACGGAGCAACCUGAACAAAUGGAUAUUCAUUCUAAUCAGGAACAAAAUGUGGAAACUAAAGAACCAGCAAGUAAUCAAAAAGUGGAAGCUAGAGAACCAGAGAGUGAGCCUGCGCCAAUGGAAACCGAAAGUACAAUAGAUACCCAUGAGGAGAGAGAACGACCAGUAGAAAUAGAGACAAAACAAUAUGAGGAAGCCCCUGAGUCUCGAAGCUUUGAUGAUAGUCAUCAAGCAUCUGAACCUGCAAACAAGGAAGAGACUCGAGAAAAUUAUGAAGAAAGGGUAGAAGCUCCAAUAGAGGAACCGAGAGAAGAAACGAGAAAAAUUGAAGAAACGGCACCAGUGAGUGAAGCUACAGAAACGCCAGACUUAUACGACGCAAAUGACGCAGUAGACACUAGCUUCUCAAUAGCACCAGAACAGAAAGAAACAGAGAACAGAAUAGAAUCUACAGACACAGAGAAUAGAAUUGAGUCUACAGAAGAGUCAAAAAGUGAGGACAUUUUCGAGCCAGCUAAAGGGGAGCCUUGACAGCGCCGCAGAUGGAAAUCGGGAUAUUUCCAGUGGAACUGAUUCGGGGGACGUGGCGGAUUUUCCGACUAUGGUGUAACCGUCUUAUUUGGUAAGAAUUUCUGAACUUACUGUGACUUGUAUAUAUUGAAAUUUGAUUUCGUAAUGGUGAUAUUUUGUUGAUAUAUUUUACUUUAAAUUGUAAUUAUUCGAUUCGUGUUUGUUAUAAAAUAACGGUAAUUAGCCAUAUUCAGUAAUGAGAAAAUAUCUGCAUAGAUGUCUUGAAUGUGUUGAGGUUCGAUUUUUUAUCAAAUAAGACGUAAAUUCAAAGCCAGAAUAGUUUUCAAAUUUGAUUGAUCAUUGACGAAUAGACUGAUUCAUGAAAUUACCUCUCUCGCGAACGCUGAAAUGCAAGACAAGUACAAAUUAUUGAUUGUAAAAUCGAAUCUGUGGCGGUAGAAGCAGAUUUGACGCGCUUUGUCUUCCUGAAGUAAAUUUACAGCUAAAUAACAUAUUGGUGGCGCUCUUAAGCAAAAGGUACUGUUUUUAUCGGUAAGACACGGCAAUGCCUUUUAUUGAAUUUCAAAAUUGAUAUAAUGGUACAUUUUGCCUGAAUACACGUUUUAUACCAUAGUCGGAAAGCGCUUACGGUGUAAUCAAAGGCAUAUUAUAGCGAAUCGCAAUAAGCAAGAUAAAGUAUCAGCUUCGAGUUCGUUUCAAAGAGAUAUGGAUAUUUUACCUUGGUUUUUUGCGAAGACGGGCCGAUAGAAACCAUAUGACGCCAAAGAUUUUAAUUUUAUAUUUACACCUUGUUGAAAUAUACGUGCCUUAUUGGUGACUUGGUGUUUGCUUUCCACGGCGGCGGAGCGGCGCGCACGCCCGGCCGCUCAAGUGGAGCGCCCGGGACAGGUAAUACGCACCGAGCACCUAUGUGAACACACCUUUACAUAUACACCGUAUGAGUAUUGCAACAUGACUUUGUAUAUAAUUUUAGGGUCUCAAAAAGUUGAUAGAUAAAUAAAAAUAUGGUAGGGUCGCGACAAAAAGUUGACCUCAUGGCGAGCCGAUUUCGAAUGCAUCAUAGGUCGGUCCUUAUGUUUUCUAACACUUCAGAGUUUAACUGUUGUGGUUUUAUAUAUUUCGAACGUUUCUUUUAUUUUCGAAACUAACUGCCAAAAUGUUUACAUGUGAAAAUAUGUUUGAAAGAAAGUUUUAAGAUUCGUAUUGUGUAAGUACAUAUGUGACUACUAUGAGUAAAAUAAUUUUUUUAUUAAAUAUAAUUAACUUUGUAAAAUUUAUUCCAUGUAUACUUAAAAUAGUAGCUAUUACAGGAAUGGAAUGUUGUGUGCAAUGAAGUAUAUAGAAAAAAGUUUGAUAUAAUACUUGUCAUGUUGCAAUGUUUCUUGUAUUACGAAAUUCUAACGAAACUUUUGAAAUGUAAUCACUUAACACAUUCGUACUCGGUGAGCGUUAUUUUUAUCACUAUGUAUUUAUGCCGAAAUGGAAUAUAACUGACACUAAUAAUCAAAUACAUAUUACUAAAAUUAAAAAUUUAUUUCAGAAAUUAUCUUUUUUCAUAAUUUAUAAUUCCAUUACGGUAUAACAAGUUUGAUAUCGCCAGCAAUGUGUGCAAAAUGCCUCUGAAGCGCCACGUCACCCGAAUCAACCACGGAAAAUCAAGAAUGAAGAUUAACGACACACGGAUGUCGUGCGACAGUCGUCUGCGUGUCGUCGGUCGGUCGCCAUUGCGUCGUUUGAACUAAACCGUUUUAUAUUUAAUGAUUUGUAAUGUAGGAUGAUACUUAACGUUUUUUCAGAUGCGGAAUAGCUUUUUACACAGUCAAUGUGGAUCGAUUUGCAUUAUCAUUGUUAUACAAUUGUAUAUUCUAAAUAAUGACUUGGUAGUUGCAUAACAAGCGACCGUCGUAUUUUUUUGUUGUUCAUUUCAUCUUUUAUAUUUGUGGUGGAUUGUAAUUAAUUAUAAUGAAAUUAUAUGAAUCGAUUAGGACGCGAAUAUAUAUUAAAUUCGUUGAAACACUUGUCAUCAGUGCGUAAGUUGCUGGUACUUAAUUUAAACAUUUCAUUAUGUAAAAGACCGAAGUGUUCUCAAAAUAUUGGUGAAGGAAUAGUAGACUAUAUGGAAACAAAAAUGCAUUUUUAUAACAAAUUUUAUUACGAUUCAAAUACAUAUAUACGAUAGUUAUAUAUAUCUAUACUAACACGGAUUUGUAAAUUUAUAGGAAAUUAACGAUAUCCAUCACUAUUUUAGCGUAGGGGUAGAUUAAAUUUUGACAUUCAAAAAUGUUAGGCACCUUGUGCUGUAUGUAUUCUUGUUGUCUAUAUGUAUGAUAUUUAUUUUACAUUUUCAGGGGCGUUGUCCUUAGGUACAUUUGUUAUUUUACUUAGUUUCUUUCAUGAUUAUUCAAAAUACAUUAGGUAUGUUAUAAUUUUAAGCCCUCUUAUGUAGAUAAGCAUUAAAUUAAAUGCAUGCUUCAAUGUUUGUCAUCUUGUGCUUCAAUAAAAACUUAUAAAAUGUC